GAACAUUGCAUGGAAGUUUGUUGGGCAUGCCAUUUCGUGUAAUUGCGUACAUACAACUGCUUGUGUGUCAAAUUUGCACGAUUUGGACAAUCAUAAAAAGAUAUAGCGCUUCAUGCGUGAAUUCAAGUGAAUUUUAUACGGAUUGCUUAAGCAAGAUUUUGUCAUAACUUGACUGAAAAUAUGUUUGGACAAACUGGAAAUACAUCGUUCAGUGGAUUUAGUACAGCAACGCAAAACAGUCCGUUUGCUCAGUCUGCAUUUGGUAAACCCAUUACUACAACAAGUUUUGGUAGUGGUGCAGCACCUGUCUUUGGUAGUAGCAAUACUUCAUCACUCUUUAGUUCUAAGUCUACAGGUUCUACCACAGGUGGCUUGUUUGGCAAUACCACAACGCCACCAGCAUUUAGACAGCCAACUAAUACUCAACCGUCUUUUGGAGGUUUUGGGACAACGAAUACAAGUACUAAUCUUUUUGGUACACAGCAAAAUGCAGGCACAAAUCUUUUCGGUACAAAUACAGGAACUUCAGCAUUUGGUCAAACAAACAAACCUGGCAGUUUCAGUUUUGGUACGACAUCUGGUCCUAAUCUAUUUGGGCAACCACAACAAAAUACACAACAAACCACUCCAUUUGGUCAAACCAACACUACUACAAAUACGAAUCUUUUUGGCACAACUGCAGGCUUUGGCAAUACUAAUACUACUACUGUACCAACUGGUACCAUAGUGAAAUUUACACCUGUCAUUACAACUGAUUCUAUGUCAAAAAAUGGAAUAUCACAUAGUAUUUCUGCACGUCAUUGUUGUAUUGCAUCUAUGAAAGAAUAUGAAUCAAAAUCAUAUGAAGAAUUACGUUUUGAAGAUUAUCAAGUAGGAAGGAAAGGUCCGCAAACUGGACUUUUUGGAACACCAGCACAGACAUCGCCGUUUGCUAAUACAGCAGCUGGUACUAGUACAGGUGGAACAGGAUUUGGGUCAAUGACUGCAGGAUUUGGCACCACCAGUCAGUCGGGAUCAACCGGAUUAUUUGGAAAACCUAUUAAUAAUUUUGGAACACCAGCGACUACAACAACUAAUAACUUUGCAUUCAAUUCUACACCUACCACAAAUUUGUUUGGUACUAAUACUCAAACAAAACCAUUUGGUACAGCUGCCCCGACGCCGCUUUUCGGUACCAGCAAUACUAACCAUACUGCUGGUACAGGUUUUGGUAGUAUUAAUACUGGACAGAGUACAGGUUUUGGAUCUGCAUUUGGUUCCACACAACCCAAUCAAAGUAUUGGACUAUUCAAUCAAAACAAGUCUGCUUUUAAUAUUCCAUCAACAUCGACUAGUACUGGUUUUACUAGUUUUGGUCAACCGGCUACAAAUAAUACUACUACUACUCCAUUAUUUGGUACUAAAACCAAUACGACUGGAUUUGGAACAACAUCUACAUUUGGUGCUGCCACACCUUCCACAUUUGGAACUAAUACAGGCUUCAAUUCCACUUCCAACACUGGAUCCUCAUUAUUUAAUUCUUCGUUUAAACCAGCUGGACAAACAUCAGGAUUUUCUUUUGGAACUACACCUGCAUCUUCAACUGGACUUGGCACAAAUACUGGUCUGAGUUUAAAUAGUGGUUCUUCAUUAUUUGGACAACAAAAACCAGGCAGUCUGUUUGGAAAUACCGGAAGUAAUACUACGUUUAACAGUCCUGGAACUUUUGGAUCUUCCACCUUUGGAACAAACUCUAAUAUGAUGGCCGGGACAGGAAUGGGUUUGCUUAAUGGAGGAAUGGUAUCUAAUCAAACUAAAACAAACGGUUUAGUACCAGUACAUCAACAAAUCUUAGCUCUCGUUUCUGCACCAUUCGGUGAUUCACCAUUAUUAAAGAAUCUUUUACCAGCAUCUGGAAAGACCGAAGAACUUUUAAAACCUACAAAUCCAACAUCAAAGAUACUUAAUAGUCCACAUUACAGAGUUACCACUAAUAACAAAUCUCCAAAAAUCAAGGCAAAAGUCGUCAGCUCUGUACAAUUAUCUAAGAAAUCUUUGUUUGAUGGUCUCGAAGAAGAAGAUCCUGUGCUAACAGAAGCUUUCCAACCCCGGCCAAAUGCAAAACGAUUGGUAUUACGGCCAAAAUCGGCAACAAAUUCCUCAGUUCAGUCUCCUGCAGAAAACGGAGAGUCUGUGGCGAGAAAUAAUUCCAUGGAUGAUAAAGCAGAUACAUCAAAUUUAGUACACAGUAACAACAUUGAAGUUAAUAACAAAGAAAAUCACAGUCAAGAUAAUAAUCGAAUUGCAAAUGAUCGACGAUCAUCUACAUCUUGGUUGAAGUCAACACUACCACGGAGAAAUAAAGUUCCAGAUGAUGAAUUACUUGAGGCCCAACGAUCCCCAUUUUCCGCAACAAAUAUACCCGAAGAAGUGAAUAACACAGUGGCGGAAUUUAGACCGCAAAAUAAUACAUCAAAUGUGAAUCAUUCCGAUACGACUAAUUCGAUUGAAGUGCCGUUAAAUUCUACUUUCGAUGAUAAAAGCUCUGCGAAUCUUACCAUGCAAAAUGCAGAUUUGAGUCAGGAAACGAACGAAAAUUCAUUUUUGAUGCUGCAAUCAAACUGGAAUUUAAAUAUGGCUAAAGUUAUACUACGACGAGCGGGCUAUUAUACCAUUCCGUCGCUCGAUAAAUUAGACGAUUUUGUUUGUGGCGAGACAUGUAUUGUACCAAACUUUACCAUUGGCCGCGAAGGUUAUGGCAAUGUCUACUUUCCAGAUUCGUUCGAUGUGUAUGGUUUGAAUCUCGAUGAAAUCGUUCACUUCCGUCAUAAGGAGGUGAUCAUUUAUCCUGAUGACGAAAAAAAACCACCGGUGGGGCAAGGUUUAAAUCGAAGGGCACAAGUUACAUUGGAUAAAGUAUGGCCACAUGAUAAAUCGCUACACGAGCCAAUCACAGAUCCGCAGCGACUUGCCGCGAUGAAUUAUGAGGGAAAAUUGCGCAGAGUAUCCGCGAAGCAUGAUACUCGUUUCCUUGAAUAUCGACCGGAGACCGGCUCCUGGGUGUUCAAAGUUGAACACUUUUCCAAAUACGGUCUUAGCGAUUCGGACGAAGAUGACAACCAAGUUCUGUCAGCUUCGGAAGCGAAGAAACUGAAGGGGUUUCCCGUUUCCUUGCAAAAAGGAAAGAUUGGCGAUUCAUCAACGGCAACGAGUAAAGAUGCAAUCAAUGGAGCAAUUAAUGGAGCAAUUAAUGGAACGGUUGGUGGCACAAAGAUAGAAAACGCCAAGCAUUUAGACAGCGUUGAGAGCAAUUUUUUAGGGGAAACUCAGAUUCGAUUCGCUCACGACGAUCGCGAUAAAUGGGAAAUGGUUAUCCAUCCAGUUAGGGAUACUCCGGUCGGCCGUUCUGUUUUCAUUUCUAGAGAUUAUAGUUACGAAAAACGGAUGACUGUCAGCCCGGUCGGUGAUAAUGCUCGAGUCGCUGGUACAGACAGCCACAAAGUGCAACUUAUGAAGGCGAGUUUCUUUGAUACAAACGAUGAAGAUAUGAGCGAGGAAAUCAAUCACGACAUAUUUCCCUCCGUACAGAAAACUCUGACCCGUUAUUUUCCGGAUGUUACGGAAAUUAAGAACGACGAAGCUUUGUGCAACACUACAACGUUGCGAUCAAGUAUUAUCAUGAAUGAAAUACCGUUUUCCACGAGCCAAGAAAAUUUACUCUCUAUAUCGGGCAAAAAGUUGCAGCUGUCGUGCGUCAAUGCAAAAAACAAGCAAGCAAUUAUCGAGAGAGUAAUCCCUCCAAUUGCAGCUACUCCAGUUACGAGUGUAUUAAAGUAUCACUAUGAAAUUGUACCACUCAAACAAUCAAGAUUGAACAAAUUGCGAUUUCGCUGCAUUGCCGACACUGGUAUACAGAUGGGCAGAAUGUUCCGACCGAGUUGGGGAGCCGGAUUGACAUUAUUGUCCUUAAGCACGCAGGAACAGGCAACUAAGGUGCAACUACAAAGCACAUUCAGUCAACUAAGUCAUUAUGUUUCCGGUCGUUUAGCCAAUGAUAUUACAUCAACGGCGAUCGUUCAACGUCUGCAGAUUCUGAGCGGUGACGAGCACGACAUAACAAUGUUCAAAGAUAGCAUAGAGCGUCAUUUGAGGAUCCAGCUGGAUCAUUGCGUGAUGGGUCACGAGAGAGAUUGUCCUAUUUUCAAUGUAGCGACCGAUAAUGCAAAUAGAGCGUUGCAAUUGCAUUGCACGUUGGCGCAGGAUCUCGUGGAGAAGGAGCAAAGAUUGAGCGAGAACAUCAAUGAUGAACAUCGUAGCAUCGCUGAACGAUCAUUUCGUCAAUACGCGAGUAUCGUGUGGACGUUGUGCGUGGCGCUUUGGGGAAAUUAUACUGAUCAGGAUGUAACUAGUAAUGCCAACGAAGAACAUUAUAAUGUCAUGGUGAGGAGGGAAGCGGUAAGCGAAUGGUUAAAGAACGUGGUACAGAAAACGGUCGAGCAAGAAAUAAAAAAUGUCGACGGUGAAAUUAAGAAUUCCCAUGAGAAGAUGAUACUAUCGCUGCUCUCGGCUUGUAAACUCGAGGACGCUUGCCAGGAAGCACGAAAAGCUGGAGAUCAUUGUCUGGCAUUGUUGAUGGCGCAACUACGAGGCGGCAUGCCAGUCAAGGAACUUAUUAAACAGCAACUUGCGUUGUGGCAACAGACCGAUGUAGACGAAAAUCUCACAAUCGAUCGUCUGAAAUUGUUCAUGUUGGCGGCGGGGGAACCGCUCAUUUCCAGCAAACAUGGAACUAUCAAUGUGUGUGAAGAUUUGGAUUGGAAGCGGGCCUUUGCCAUUCAUUUCUGGUACUUAUCGUCGCCAACGUGUUCAAUCACGGACGCCUUGGAUCUUUAUGAAGCGUCGUUCAACAUGACAGAGUAUACUCAAAUAUACGCGGCGAUACCAGAACCUGAAUAUAGAAAAAAUGAUUAUGAUGCCGAGUUAAGUACUGGCAAGCAAAUAUACGAUCUUUGCUUUCAUCUGUUGAAAUUAUACUGUACAGGAAAUCACGAUCUGGGAGAACUUUUGAAUCCGUUAUCCUAUACCGCCAAUCCUUUGGAUUACAGACUGAGCUGGUUAAUACAACAAAUACUCGUAGCUCUGGGUUAUACGCAUCUUUCCGAUCAUGUUGCCGCAUUAACGCAUACGAAUUUUGCGACCCAAUUAGAGGCAUACGGACUUUGGCAUUGGGCGAUCUUCGUGAUGUUGCAUCUACGAGAUUCGUCUAGACGACAAAUUGCUGUAAAGGAUCUGCUAUUACGUCACAUUGAAAUAGACGAUUCUCCGGAAUAUGUGAAACGUGAACAAUUUCUGAAGGAAGAGCUUGGUAUAUCGUCAGUUUGGAUUCAUCAAGCUAAAGCCAUCAAAAGUAGCAUCGAUAAAAGGUUUGGUGAAGCAGCUUGGUAUUACAUUCAGGCCGAGCAAUGGGCUCAAGCUCAUGAAAUUAUUAUAGAGUAUCUGGCAGCUGAUGCUAUAAUAAAUGAAAACUAUGAAUAUUUGAAAUCAUUGUUAAUUCCACUAAUACCAGCCGAAUGUAGCAGUACAAUUAACAGUUGGGCAUAUCAAGGACAGCUCUUGUGGGAAUAUAUGGAAAUAACUAAUGAAAUCCAAAAUCUGUUAAAAUCUACUCCGGAUUACCAUGGAAUAACUUAUCAGUUGGAAGCAUUAAAGCCACGGUUAACGAGCUUGUGUCAUAAGAUCGAUCAAUUCCCAUGUCCAACUGCUAAACAUAGAUUAUGUCAAGCCGAAAUUGCAAAAAGAACUCUACAUUUGGCUAGAAAUCUGUUAUUACUGCAGAAAAAUGAAAAGAAAUCUGUCACAAAGUUGUUAGUUCGUCUAAUAUCUCAGUUACCGUUACCAGAGGAUUAUGCGCAGCAAGAACUUCGACCCAUCGUAAAUAUGCGCGUAACUGAAGUAAUGUCGCAAUGAAUAACACACAUAAGUUAAUUUAUUAAUUAUGUAGUUGUAAAGCUUUUACAUCUCUAAUGUAACAGAAGAUAUGAUGAUUUUUUUAAUUUUCCUUGUACACAAUUAAGUUAUAAUUUCACACAGAUAAGUAUAAAGUUUGUUUUAAAACU